GCUGCAGGGAUGUUCUACUAUAAUGAUCAGGCCGUGUACAACCAGACUCCAUUCCCAAUGGUCCCUCCACUGCAGCAACAUCCAUCUACCAAGAGGAAGAGGAAAACGGAUCGUUGUCUGAGAUCCUAACCAGGACAGCAAGGACAUCACGGAGGAGAUCAUAUCAGAAGCUGGCAGGAGUCGGAAGCCCACUCUGCCAGUGGGAAAUGUCUUUUCCGUCCCUAUGCCUCUGCAGAAUUUCGGGGGACGACGGCUGAACUGGAAGAACGGCUGCGAUGGAGAAACUAGCGCUAGAGCCACAUCCGGAGCAUCAGUAAAACUCGACGCAGUGCCAGACUCGACUACAAACAAGCUGCGCUAUCAGAGGAGGAAAUGGAGAAACGCUCUAAAUCCAUUAUUGAGGAGUUUCUACACAUAAAUGAUUACAAAGAGGUCUCGCAUUGCGUGGAGGAACUGGACCAGGGCGAGAUGCUGGACGUUUUUGUUCGGGUGGGUGUGGAGACCACGCUGGAGCGAAACCAGAUCACACGUGACCACGUGGGUCAUCUGUUCCAUCAGCUGCUGCAGGCUGGGAUCCUCUCCACAUCUCAGUUUUUUAAAGGGUUCUCAGAAACCCUCGAGAUAGCAGAUGAUAUGGCGAUUGACAUUCCUUAUGUAUGGCAGUACAUAGCGGAGCUCGUUAAUCCUGUGCUUCGGGAAGGAGGAAUCUCUUUGAGAGAAUUAUUAAUUGAAUUUAGCAAACCACUACUUCCUGUGGCAAGAGCCGGCAUAUUAUUUGCAGAAAUAUUGCAGCUUCUCUGCAAACACAGGAGCCAAAAGGAAGUGGAGGCCUUAUGGAGGGACUCUAAACUGAGCUGGGCUGAUUUUCUUCCUGAAACCGUGGAUGGGAACAACUUCAUUACUGAGCAGACCUGAUGAAGUCUGAUGAUCUGAAGAGGGUGGAGCUGAGACUUCAGACAGCAGACGGACUUCUGAGGAGGAACAUCAACACCACACGAGAGGUGAGAACUCGUUCGAUGUCCAGCUGCGAGAGAGAAAAGCGGCGCUGGAAACAUCCCGGGCGGACGCUCACUCGUCCCAGAUAUGGCUGAAUCACAGCUGCUAAAGAACAUAGGGGAUGUGAUAGCAGGAGUGCUUCUGGACCUUCCUGAUCAACUUGAUAAGUCCGUUGAAGAUACUUUAAAAACACUUGGUGCGGCAACCACAGAUGAUUUAAAGAACGUCACAGAAAACAAUUUGCUGCCAGUGUUAAAGCCCAUACAAGCACGAAGACUGGUUGCUGCCUGGACCCAAAAUA